GGUGUACUUGAAAAUGUCGAAUCAGCUAUGCGAGCUUGGGAUAGUGCACACUGGUAAACAAUGCGGAGAGAAGCUCGAAAAACUAAAGCAAGAUUACAAGAAAAUAAAGGAUCACAACAAUAGAAGUGGAUCCAAUCGGCGUACCAACAAGUGGUUUGACCGCCUGGAUGCGUUACUAGGACACAGACCAUCCUUUUCUGGUGCAGCGGUGACAAAAGACUCCGCUACUGCAUUGUUGGAAGCCAUGCCGGUAUCCAAUGAACAGUGGGUUGAAGACGAAUCGAGUGGGCCGAAUGAAUUGCAGGCAACAGAGGCCAGCGUGUUUUCCCCUGCAAUCACCAGUAGCCCUCGUCCAAUGUUUCCCGCUGAAUCACACACACGCCAAGGCAAGAGGAAAAGGGAUAGUGACUUCCUUGAUGCAUUGAGAGACAUGGAAGAUGCUAACCGAGCCGUCCUGCAGCGUGGACAAGAACAGGGAGAUGAGUACAUGCAGCUGUUACUCGAGAGCCAGGCUGAGGAGAGAGAGAUGAGGAGGCAAGAGUUGGCGUUCCUCCAGUCAGAAGCUAGAGAAAGCAGGCACCAACAGAGAGACUUUCAGGCUGGGUUUCUGUCUGUUCUUGGAGAGUUUGUACAGUCUUUCAAAAAGUAGCCACUUGACUGAACACAGAUUCUCGUUUGCACUUUAAACAUUUGUCUUUGCACGCCUGCACACACAUACAUAUAUAUAAAAAAAUAUUUUAUAUAUAUAUAUAU